ACUAUACUUACAACACGACAACCACUCCCGCAUAUACACAUCCACACCCAACAUACACGUCUAUACACCUACACGCAUCCAUAUACACACAGACACAGACACACGCAUACACACCCAUACACACAGACCGCCCACCCAUCGGACUAUUUGUUUGUUGCAAGUAACAAAAAAAAAUAUAUAAUCAAAGACAUCAGAACUACCGCCCAUGUAUCAAAUACCGCCAUCCGACAUGAACGAUUCGGUUCCAUCCGACACGCUUCAUUCUCAGGACGAUAGUGAUCACGCUGAUGCUCACGGAACAACGGGGAGUGCAACGCUCAUGCGCCAAUUGGCGGCGCAGUUUCCCGAGUACGAAAGAGCGCCUCACAUCCGGUCGCAAAUGGCCCCUUUUGGUGGUGUAUGGAUGAACCCGAAUCAGGAAAUGGCGGAUCAUUCACAACAACCUGAUGCUGAAAAAGUCAUUGAAGUUGCUCCCAACGGUCGUUAUGCCAAACUCAACACUUUUCUUGGUAAAGGUGCAUACAAGGUCGUUUACAAGGCGAUUGAUCGGGAAGAAGGUUAUGAGGUUGCUUGGAACGUGAUCCAGGCAACACGACAGGAAUUCAAGGAUCUCGGUCAUGAGAUUGAAAUUCUAAAGUCGGUGCGCCAUCCAAACAUUAUUACCUUCCACGAUGCCUGGUACAAUGAUACCGAGUUUAUAUUUAUCACAGAAUUGAUGACAUCGGGUACCUUGCGCGAGUAUAUUCGAAAACUAUCGCCUUCUCUGAACAUGAAGAUCAUCAAGCGAUGGUGCCGUCAGAUCCUAAAAGGUCUCGUCUAUCUUCACGCCCAUGAACCGCCUAUUAUUCAUCGUGAUAUCAAGUGUGACAAUAUUUUCAUCAAUGGAGCUCACGGUGAAAUCAAGAUUGGUGAUAUGGGUACGGCUGAGAUGAAAAUAGGAAAGAAAUAUACCGUGAUUGGUACGCCUGAAUUCAUGGCACCGGAAAUGUACGAAGAAAAAGGGUACAGUGAAAAAGUCGAUAUCUACGCUUUCGGCAUGUGUCUCCUCGAAAUGGUCACGGGCGAAUAUCCCUACGGCGAAUGUACCAAUGCAGCCCAAGUAUUCAAAAAAGUGACAAGAACCAUCAGACCAGAAUGUCUUUCCCGCGUUCAAAAUGAGGACGUCCUGGCUCUUAUCAACAAUUGUCUCACAACGGAAAAUGAUCGUAUGACCGCUCAAGAAAUCUUGGAGCAUUCAUUUCUGGCUGUGGAGCCUGAAGUAGUCUUGUUAUCAAAAGACAUGACGGAAAAGCUAUUGACGUUGCAAGUGGUCUUCAAGGGAAUGGACAAGUUGUCUGUGAAAUUCGAGUUCAACUCUGACACUGACACAGCCGAGGAUGUCGUAGCAGAAAUGAUUGAAGAACAGGUGUUGCCUGACCGUUAUCAGCAAUUGAUCACGAAUGAAAUCAAUCGCAUUCUAAGAGAUAUCAACAAGCAGCACAGUUCGAACAAGAGAGAAGAUGAGCGAAUUGUAUGGCGUCGUGAGAACGAUAUACGAUCCGAACUAGAAAAGGCCAAAUAUGAGCUUGAUAUGGCGAGAUUAAGAACCAUUGAAGCGGAAAAGAAAUGCGAUGCUUUGGAACAGCGUACUUUGCUGGCGGAAGAGCGCUUCAAAGAAACCAUGGCUAAAAUCGAGCAAUUCAAGCUUCAACAACAAGAACAAACUGCUGCAACUUUUGAAAAGUUGUCACCAACACACGAUACCCUGAGUAGAUCAUCAGGCGUUUUGGGAGAUCAAGCUGAGCUUGCUGCCACGCAUUCCGCUCUCAUGGACCAUGUUUUGGCCGAAUAUGCCAAUGAUACCAGUAUCGAGAAAUUUGUCAUUGAUACAGCUGUGGCUACCAAUCGUAGCAUGGAAAAGGCGAAGCAGUGGGCUACGAAACUUCAAAAUCAAGAUAUUAUGACAGUGGGCGAUUUGCGCGAUUUGCAUGACGAAGACUGGUCGGGAAUUGGGUUGACGGUAUUUGCUCUUCGUGCACUGAAGAACAUGCUCACCGGGAAAACCUGGCAAUCAGGCUUACCUCGAAGUCCUCAACCGGCGCCCGCCAGUGGUUCCAGUACACCCGUAGAAGAGCAAGAAAUGCUGUAAUCCCCCCUUUUUUAUAUUGCUUGUAUUCCUAAGUUUUAAAAAAAGUUCCCUCACGCUGUCUUUUUCGCUCUCCGUUAUUUUGUUUCUGUGUAAUCUGUUUUUUUUUUCUUCUCUUUUUGCCUUUUUGUUUUUCGUUCUGUUUUGAUUAUUUGAAAUAAAUCUCUUGUAUUACCAUUGGCUCUUUCUUAACAUUCAGAGAUCUU